CCAUUUUGCACUAGUCACGCAAAAAAUUUCCUGCAUAUAUUAUUAUCAUUUUCUUCAAGUCCAUAACUUUCUCUCGGAUCUUCCUCCAUAUUUCUCCGAUCGAUGUGAGUUCUCUGAAUCCAUCUACGUGUUUGGUCAAGAUUUCAUGGCACUUCAUGAUCUGCAACUGUCUGAGAUGAUUAAACUCGGAAGCAACGAGAAAAUGGCAGAAACCCCAAGUGACUGUUACAAUUAUAAGCAAGGAGGUCACAUGAACGAGGACAUGAUGACGGUCUUGUGCGAGGAAUUUCAGACAGAUCCACAGAUUGUUCCACAACUUGAUGAUUGUACCAAUAUGGUUUUCGAUCAAGAAGUGGUUGCUGAGAGUUUACAUCAUGGAUCGGCGAUGAUGGCGAUGAAGGGACUUCAUCAAGGGCAUGAAGUUUCCAUGAAAGCUGCAGAAGUUUUAGUUCCCGACCAGCAUUCAGAAGCCGGUGGUGACUGUCGUCGUGCUCCUCCGAGGACGAAACACGACAACUCCAGACGCUGUACUUGCACUUCAAGUGAUGAGUCUGUAGAUGACGAAGAAUCAUCAGACGGGUUUACGAGAGAGGUUCCUUGGGUGACAAGCAAAGGCUCCAAGAGAAAACGAAUCAUGGAAGCUCGCGAUGAUAAGAAGAAGAGACGAAGAGCUGAAAUAAAUCAGAAGUUGCGUCUGUUACAGAAUCUUAUACCUAAUUGUGACAAGGUGGACAAAGCUUCAGCUCUUGAUAUGGCCAUUGAAUAUACGAAGAACCUUCAGCUUCAAUUGCAGGUGAUGUCAAUGGGGAUUAGAGUUUAUAAGCCGCCGGUGAUAAAUAUAAACGCAUGUACGCAUAUUCCGUACUUCUCGCCAAUGGCGAUGUCAUUUGGACACUGCAGCAUUCCGGUGAACCCAGUGGCCGUACCGUUAAUAACGCCGUUUAACUCUCCGUUAUCUCCUCUCCUCCAGCAGUUGCCAAAGCAGGCUCUGCUCUCCCCGACAGCAUCUACUUCUUUUCCGUCUCUUCUGGGUUUGGUUCCUUCGAGUUUCCAUGAGUUUUAUCCCACGUGUAAUAAAGAACUCUAUGACAGAUUCAGAUUUUUAUGAAAAUGGCCAUCUUCGUA